AUGUUGAGUAAAGAUCUUCCAGACAUUGAGAGCAUCCUGGCUCUGAAUCCCAGGGUGAAGACUCAUGCUCAGAUUAUGUCCACGGCGAACAAGCAGAAAGAAAAGAAACACUGGAAGAGAAACCCUGAAAAGAACUGUGAUUCUUGUGUGAAGUUAGAGAACAACUUUGACGACAUCAAACACACAACGCUGAGCGAGCGCGGAGCUCUACGGGAAGCAAUGAGGUGUCUAAAAUGUGUGGAUGCUCCCUGUCAGAAGAGCUGCCCUACUAACCUGGACAUAAAGUCAUUUAUUACAAGCAUCUCUAAUAAGAACUACUAUGGGUCAGCGCGGUCCAUCCUCUCUGACAACCCGCUGGGUCUGACCUGUGGAAUGGUGUGUCCCACAUCAGAGCUGUGUGUCGGGGGCUGCAACUUGUAUGCAUCUGAGGAGGGACCCAUUAACAUCGGAGGGCUACAGCAGUUUGCUACCGAGGUGUUUAGCAAGAUGGGCAUCCCUCAGAUCAGGAAUCCUGAACUCCCGCCAGCCAAUGAGAUGCCAGAGUCGUACCACGCCCCCGUAGCUCUGAUUGGUUGUGGCCCAGCGUCAGUCAGCUGUGCCUCCUUCCUGGCCCGUCUUGGAUAUGAUGAUGUUACCAUAUUUGAGAAGCAGAAGUACAUUGGAGGGCUGAGCAUAUCAGAAAUCCCUCAGUUCCGGCUCCCCUAUGAGGCUGUCCAGUUUGAAAUAGACCUGAUGAAGGAUUUGGGAGUCAAGGUGGUGUGUGAGAAGGGUCUAGGUGUGAACGGAAUGACUUUGACGUCCCUGAAAGAGGAAGGAUUUAAGGCCGUCUUCAUCGGGAUUGGUCUCCCUCAGGCCAACAGAGCUAAAAUCUUCCAGGAUUUAACCAUGGAUCAAGGCUUCUUCACUUCCAAAGACUUUCUGCCCAUGGUGGCCUCAGCCAGCAAGAAAGGUAUGUGUCAGUGUCGCUCCUCUCUGCCGGAGUUGAGAGGGAUAGUGAUCGUUUUGGGCGCCGGUGACACUGCGUUCGACUGCGCCACCUCGGCUCUUCGCUGUGGAGCCAAGAGAGUCUACGUCUGCUUCAGGAAGGGAUUCACUAACAUCCGGGCUGUUCCUGAGGAGAUGGAGUUGGCUAAAGAGGAGCAGUGCGAGUUCCUGCCCUUCCUGUCUCCUCGUGAGGUCGUCAUGAAGAACGGUCGGGUUGCCGGGUUACAAUUCUGUCGCACCGAACAGACGGAGGACGGCGAUUGGCUGGAAGAUGAGGAGCAAGUUGUCAGGCUGAAGGCUGAUUACAUCAUCAGCGCCUUUGGUUCCAUGCUCAACGAGCCGCAAGUGAGCGAUGCCAUGGCUCCUGUGAAGAUGACCCGCUGGGGGACUCCAGAGGUGAACACUGACACCAUGCAGACCAGUGAGCCAUGGGUGUUUGCAGGAGGAGACAUCGCUGGUUUGGCAAACACUACGGUGGAAUCGGUCAACGACGGCAAACAGGCUUCAUGGCACAUUCACAGAUACAUGCAGUCCCUGCAUGGACAGACAGUGGACCCGGUUCCGAAGCUGCCAUUGUUCUACAGCGCCAUAGAUGAGGUGGACAUCAGCGUCGAGAUGUGUGGAAUAAAGUUCCCCAACCCGUUCGGCCUGGCUUCUGCUCCUCCCACCACCAGCACAGCUAUGAUCAGAAGAGCUUUUGAACAAGGAUGGGGCUUCGCCCUGACCAAGACGUUUGGACUGGAUAAGGAUCUGGUGACCAACGUGUCUCCUCGUAUUGUGCGCGGCACCACCUCAGGUCACAUGUUUGGACCAGGACAAGGCUCCUUCCUCAACAUUGAGCUCAUCAGUGAGAAGACGGCGGCCUACUGGUGUCAGUCAGUCACCGAACUAAAGAAGGACUUCCCUGAUAAGGUGGUGAUCUCCAGUAUAAUGUGUAGUUACAACAAGGAAGACUGGACAGUACUAGCCAAGAUGGCAGAGGAAUCAGGAGCAGACGCAUUGGAGCUGAACCUGUCUUGUCCUCAUGGGAUGGGAGAGAAAGGCAUGGGACUGGCCUGUGGACAGGACACGGUGUUGGUGCGUAACAUCUGUCGCUGGGUGCGUGCAGCCGUUUCCAUCCCGUUCUUUGCCAAACUGACGCCGAACGUUACCAAUAUUGUUGACAUCGCCAAGGCUGCUCAUGAAGGUGGAGCAGAUGGAGUAACAGCCACCAACACAGUCUCAGGUUUGAUGGGACUGAAGGCCGACGGCUCCCCCUGGCCAAGUGUCGGAACUGGCAAACGCACCACGUAUGGAGGAGUGUCCGGUAAUGCCAUCAGACCCAUUGCUCUCAGAGCAGUAUCGGCCAUCGCCAGAGCUAUUCCUGGUUUCCCAGUUCUGGCCACCGGAGGUAUCGACUCAGCGGAGAGCGGACUACAGUUUCUUCACGCCGGGGCCUCAGUGUUACAGGUGUGCAGUGCCGUACAGAACCAGGACUUCACAGUGAUUGAGGAUUACUGCGUGGGUCUGAAGGCCUUGUUGUACCUGAAGAGCCUGGAGCUGAAGGACUGGGACGGUCAGUCUCCUCCAACACAGAGACAUCAGAAGGGGAAACCAGUUCCCAGACUGGAAGACCUGGUGGGACAGAGCCUCCCAAGUUUUGGUCCGUAUCUCCAGCAGAGGACAAACGCCAUCGCAGAGUACAAGAAAAAGAUCAGAAAUGCAACAACUGAUGUGAUUGAAGCCGACAUCAACCGGGUCAACACGCCCAAAAAACCUGUCCCCGCUGUCAAGGAUGUGAUAGCCAGAGCGCUGCGCUACAUUGGAGCAUACCAGGAACUUGACAACAUGGAGCAGGUCCAGGCUGUGAUAGAUGAAGAGAUGUGCAUCAACUGUGGGAAAUGUUAUAUGACCUGCAAUGACUCUGGAUACCAGGCUAUAAAUUUCCACCCAGAGACACACUUUCCCAUGGUGAACGACAGCUGCACGGGCUGCACGCUGUGCCUCAGCGUCUGUCCAAUCAUAGACUGCAUCAAGAUGGUUACCAUGACGAAACCCUAUAAACCCAAGAGGGGCGUGCCCGUUAGUCCCGUCUGCUAAAAGGGAAAGACACACCAAAACUGUCCACCUUUUUAAUAACGGAGAUCAGAUUUUACGAAGUUCGGUUUUACGACUAAUUAAUCUGCCACACGAGAUUGGAGACAUUUAUUUUGUGUCCCAUUAAUGUAAGUCACUGGAAUGAUGUUAAGACUUCAGACGUGAUAGAAAAAAUUAUAUCCUAUGUGUUUUAUCUGCUUGAUAGAGAAGAAAAAUUAGAAAUGUAAUCUUGAUUGUAAGAAAUAAUAGCACCAAUAAUACCACUGGAGAAAGAGGCAACCAACCACGGUUCACAAUAAUGAUAUUAAAAUGAAUUUGUCCAUAAUUUAACUGUAAUCAUAACUCAAAUUACGUCGGUAAUUGUGGAUUCUGCUUUAUUGUUAUCCCUCUGUAAACACUGUAAUGUGAUGAUAGACAAUUUCAAAUGAAAUGAUUAUUUACUGAAUGUUAAAUGUACUUGUGUAAAAAUAAAUCUUUGAUAUGGUCUAUGAUUAAACAUCGUGGGUGAAACUGGGAUGAAACUCA